ACACUUUCAUUUCAAUCAAACCCUCUGCACAUUCAAAGGAAGUACCGUAAUAGGUUACUUACAUUUUUCACCAAAUGGCUCCAAGUUUUGAUAAUGCGACCUCCCUUUUUAACUUUGUUGUACGAGAUGGAAAUGGCAUAAAAGGAAUGGUGGAUUCUGGCAUAUCAAAGGUUCCCCAGCCAUACAUUCAACCUCCCACAGAGCGAAUUAAUAAGAAAAAUGCAGGCGUAUGUAAGAUACCACCGAUCGAUUUGUCGAAGCUCGAUGGCCCCCAGCAUGACGAAGUGGCCAACCAAAUUGUUAGAGCUGCUGAGACUCUUGGAUUCUUCCAAGUAAUCAACCAUGGAGUUCCGGUAGAACUACUUGAGUCUCUUAAGCAAACCGCACAUAACUUCUUCGCAUUGCCUCCAGAGAGAAAGGCUGUUUAUCGAAAAGAGGUGAGUCCAUCCCCAUUAGUGAAGUAUGGGACGAGUUUUGUACCUGAGAAGGAGAAAGCAUUCGAAUGGAAAGACUAUAUUAGCAUGGCUUACACCAAUGAUGAUGAAGCUCUUCAACAGUGGCCUGUAGAGUGCAGGGACGUUGCUCUUCAAUAUUUGAAGACAUCACAUGAGAUGGUGAGGAAAUUGCUUGAAGCUUUGCUGGGAAAUCUAGGAGUGGAGCUAGAUGACUCCAAGAUUGAUGCAUUCAUUGGAAAGAAGAUGGUUAAUAUGAACUUUUAUCCAACGUGUCCUAAUCCUGAACUUACAGUCGGUGUAGGCCGUCAUUCUGAUAUGGGUACCCUUACAAUCUUAUUACAAGAUGGGAUAGGUGGUUUGUAUGUAAAAGUUCCCGAAGACGUAGACAUGGAAAAGAAGGGUGCGUGGGUAGAAAUUCCUCCUAUUCCCGGUGCCCUGGUCAUCAAUGUCGGUGAUAUGUUACAGAUAUGGAGUAAUGGUAAGUAUAAAAGUGCAGAGCAUAGAGUACGUACCACAAGUACAAAAUCUCGAGUGUCAAUACCAAUAUUUACCUGUCCACAGUCAACACAAAAGAUUGCACCAUUGCCUCAAGUUGUGAAGAAAGAUGGAAUAGCUCGUUACAAAGAAUUUAUAUUUUCAGAUUACAUGAAUAGUUUUUUUGGAAACGCACAUGAUGGCAAAAACUCUCUUGAGUUUGCAAAAAUCAACUCCGCUUGAAGUUGAAGAUUACAUGUAAAACUUUUUUUUACACAUGGGCAGAUGUUUUUAUUUGACAAUAUAUUAAACGAUU